AGCUUCGGUCCAUGAUUCAAUGGUAAGUCUGCGCAUGCAGGUUCUGCUGCAACUCUCCCGUUGAUUGACCGCUUCAUUACAGGAAAGUAUGGCACGAUCCUGUCCACCACCGAGAUGAAUCGAAAGAGUCGGAAACCCUCAAGUCAUGUUUCAAAUUCUUAAACUUGACCAGCCGAAGCUUUUCGGCCGUCAUUCAAGAGCUCAACCCCGAUAUGCUUGUUCCAAUUGCAUUGUUCUACCUCGUGCUGCGAGGCCUCGACACCAUCGAAGACGACAUGACAAUACCACUGGAAAAGAAGGAGCCCUUGCUUCGCGACUUUGACAAGUCUAUGAGCAUCGAUGGCUGGACGUUCAACGGCAACGGACCCAACGAGAAAGACCGAGAAUUGCUCGUCCACUUCGACGAUGUCAUCGUCGAGCUCAAGAAAUUGAAGCCUAUUUACCACGAGAUCAUUCACGACAUAACCGCCAAGAUGGGCAACGGCAUGGCUGACUAUGCUAUCAAGGCGGAGAACAACGUCGGUGUUGAGACGCUAGCACAGUACGAAGAGUAUUGCCACUACGUUGCUGGCCUGGUAGGUGAAGGCCUCACGCGACUGUUCCUCGCUGGAGAGUGGGCCAACCCUGCACUGAGGGAUCGUCCUGAAUUGACAGAGAGUAUGGGACAAUUCCUGCAAAAGACCAACAUCAUUCGCGACGUACACGAAGAUUUCGAGGACAAGCGACGGUGGUGGCCUACUGCCAUCUGGAGCAAGUAUGUCGACAACUGGGACGACUUGUUCAAGCCUGAGAACAGGGAGCUCGCUAUGCAGUGCAGCUCAGAGAUGGUUCUGGACGCCUUGAAGCACGUCGAGCAUUGUUUGUUCUACAUGGCCGCUAUUCGCGAGCAGAGUGUCUUCAACUUUGUUGCCAUCCCGCAAAGCAUGGCCAUUGCAACACUUGAACUGGUUUUCAGAAACCCGGCCAUCUUCGAGAGCCACCUCAAGAUCACCAAGGGUGACGCUUGCCAGCUUAUGAUGGAGUCAACACAGAACCUGCGCUUGGUUUGCGAUGUGUUCAGGAGGUACACCAGGAGGAUAGCGAAGAAGAACGACCCGAGGGAUCCUCACUACUUGGAGAUCAGUGCUGCCUGUGGCAAAAUCGAGCAAUUUAUCGAAACACUGUUCCCAUCCCAGGACCCGAAGAAGGCUACCUUGGUGCAACAGGCUGCCAACCCCAGUUCUCAGGGGGACACAACAGACCCGUGGGAGGGCUUCCUUCUGGUGAUUUCGGUGUUGGCAAUCUUGACACUGAUCUCUGGUAUAAUGGUCGGUAUGGCAUGGUUCAUGGGUGCCAGAUUUGACCUGAUGUUCAGUGGGGCAACAGCACCAGCAAAGCUGAGCUCUGCCGCGUCAACCGCUUCAACAAUUCUCGGUGGUCAUGAAGAGUUGUAGUCCCAGCGCCUCUUCAAACUUCGACGCGAUUGCUUUUUCAUGUACAAUAUUGGACUUGCCGGCCACAGGUCAAGUCAAGCCAAUUCAUGGUAACGAAUGAUUAGCGGGUUGCUGAUCGGGUCACGACGAUUACACAUGGAUCUCACGGUCAAGUUACUGCUGUGAUCUGUGUGGCACUAAUAUUAUAUUUAAUACAAUUUUAAGCGCACCGAGCCUUGAGUUUGGCCUGCGGUAUGAUUCUACCAUUUAACCGCUCCUCGGUACCUUCACGCAGGUGAAAGGCUCAUGCAGGUCGUGGAAUCAUCCACAAUAGAUGGUGACUUUAAUCAGUACCAACUAGCACGGAUGUCAAAUUACAAUUCAGUCCUGUCUCAAUGACUGUGGUUGUGCC